CACGGAUUAAGUUGGUAAUUGAUAUGUGAACAGAGGUACCUAUCAUACAAAGUUAGACAAUCAAAGCCUUAGACACACUUGAAAUUCACCUUCUUGGUGUAUCUAUUUCUCUGAACGAUAUUGCACAUAAUUUUCAGAGUAGUAUCGAACCCCUUUUUAUAACUUCCUUCCAGGUUUUAUAGACUGGCAUACGCCAUGAGGAAUGAAGAGGUACGUAGCCUUGUGAUGCAAUACCUCAUCCGAAGUCACGAUGAAUCUUUGAAACCGUUAAUCAACGAAACUAUCCAGAAACAUUCAUAUCAUAACUAAAUCAAUAUCUUCUAAGAUUCAUAGGUUUAAUAGCUAUGAUUCACGGCAUCGACUUCGUACAUCUAAUUGUCUUCUAAUGUUGUGACCAAGUGAAUCAAACAGCCGUGUAACUGUCCACAACACGUGGGUAUAACUGUGUUUGCUUGCAAGUCAGAAACGAGCGUCGCAAUGUCAUAAAAGAGGAAUAAUUCUUAAAUAACUCUUCUCGAUGGAGUAUUCUUGAACUUCCGGAUUAUCAUCCAGCACCAGCGACUAUUAGUAUGCGCCUCCAGAGCAACUAGUAAUAAUUGUAUCAUCAUCGCUCGCCAUUCACGAUGGAUCCUCUACACCACCGAACAUCAAAUAAGGACCACCGGGGAUGUUGUUAUGACCUGAAGUCAAGGGACGGCUGGUUCAAAGGCCCUAGAAACACGGCAUGGACCAUCGACUCGACCGUCAAUGGUAAAAGCAACCCAUCAGGUUACGAUAGCAAUACUCUCAUCACCAUUCUCCGUUGGUCUCAAUUUUUCACCAGCGGUAUGACAUUAAUACUUUACGUAUUCACAUUGUCGGCCCCUAAGUUAUGGCUUACACUUCUAGCGAGUGUCGUGGGCUUCCUCUCCUGCUUGUUCAGCAUAUUCGCACUCUAUCUCAGACAUCGCUGGGCCAUAUGGCUGGCUAUCCCGGAGAUCCUGAUCACUAUAGCUUGGAUCGUAUUACUCACCGCAAGCUCUCUCUCCUGGCCGCCAGAUUCAAAGGCGAAGACUUUCCAAUUGGGAAUGAUAGCGAUCGAAGCCUCGAUGGUCCUUUGGAUACAGACAUUCCUGCUGGCGAUAACACCUGCCUUUCACAGGAUGCUGCCCCGACUCUUCGGAGUAAAGAAUAGCGGUGUCCUGGAAUCGCACCGAUCCAUGAAUGGAUCUCAAGAGAGGGUAAGGUGGCCCAUGACGCCAGAGAGCGGGAAGCUAACUGGCAACGAGCAGCCAGGUCUGGCCGCAGACGCGGCCCCAAUGCCCGGGAAUUACAACAUGUAUCCCCCUGCAACACCAUCUAUCGUAUGUCCGCAGCCGACUCGUAGAGGGCCUGCACCAUCCGACAUUGAACUGCAGGACUACCUCGUAGCUCAGGGGGCGGGAACCCCAACACCCACAUCUCGAACGCUUACGACUCCGCAUAGGUCGGCUGCGCAUUCAACGCCGUACGCCGGAUCAAUAGAGACGACGGGCGGACACCUUGGAAGAACUCGGUCAACCGCUGGUGGACUUCCGCCAUUAGAAAUUUCGAGAGGUGUUAGUCCUGCAUCCGUGGACUAUGUUGGCCCGAUAGAGCCUGUCAGUCCUUUGUCGAAUAUUGACCCAUGGUCAACAUCGUCUGUCAGGGGAGGCGAUGCCCGAAGGGGUUUCUAGAGAUAAUUAAGAAAAAAAACGAUGCAGUGUAUGCGCAACGAACAUCAUUUCUGCCCUUGUUUAUCGAGACGACAUAUUAGGUUACUUAAAGGAUUUAUUGUCAGUUAUCACUUUUCGUUUACCCACUCGAGGGCGGAGUUCUGUCCUAUUCCGACGUCGCCAGUACGAGUGGGAUCUGGGGUCAUGUUUCUGGGGAUUUUCUAUGUCAGGCAGUCAGGUAAUGGUCAUUUUGGGUCUCGAGGAGCUGCGUUUCUUCGACUGGCCUUGGCAAUUUCGUUCUGGUACUAAGGA